AUGGCGCCGCAUCCCUCCGGCGUGCCAGCUGUCCAAGCGACCCAUGACACAGAACAGCCCUUCCAGGGCGCCUCGGACGCCGAAGUGACCUGCGUUGCGUCCGCUCCGCCCAGCCCGGCUCGCGGGCAGGGGGGCUGCGCGGAGGAGGAAGGGGGCGGCUGCCGAGGAGCCUCGAGGAACCUCCGGCCGAGGCGCGGGGGGCGCAGCCGGCCCAAGAGCGAGUUGGCUCUGAGCAAGCAGCGGCGGAGCCGGCGCAAGAAGGCCAACGACCGCGAGCGCAAUCGGAUGCACAACCUCAACUCCGCGCUGGACGCGCUUCGCGGUGUCCUGCCCACCUUUCCCGACGAUGCCAAGCUCACCAAGAUCGAGACGCUACGCUUCGCGCACAACUACAUCUGGGCGCUGACGCAGGCGCUGCGCAUAGCAGACCACAAUCUCUACGGGCUGGAGCCGCCCGCGCCGCCCUGCGAAGAGCUGGGCAGCCAGGACGGCGGCUCCCCGGGAGAAUGGGGCUCCCUCUACUCUCCGGUCUCCCAGGCGGGCAGCCUGAGUCCCGCCGCCUCGCUGGAGGAGCGUCCGGGGCUGCAGAUGCCUGCCUCCCCUACCGGUCUGCGCCCCGGCGCCCUAGCUUUCUCAGACUUUCUAUGA